CUUUUUUCCUUUUGUGAUAUACAUGUUAAAAACAUUGAUUGUCUUCUUGUUCGUUGCAGGAGUAUGGUGUUAUCAGCAAGAUAAGGUGAAGUUUAUUUACCAUAAGAUAAACUCACCUCAAUUGGUCACAGCAGUUGUUCCAGAGACAACAACAACAAUUACAAGUACCACUACAGUCUUAACAAGAACAAGAACAAAUACAAUUACCAUUACAUCAGAGGUGUGUAGGCCUAAUAAUUCCCCUUGUGAGUUUGAACAUCCUGAAUAUUGCUGUAAUUCUAUUUGCGCAAGGUUUGAUUUUGAAGCAUCCCCAACCUGCCUUGGCUAUUAAUUACCCCCUUCCAAAUCAAUCAAAAGCUACAUUUGAACAUUUGAUACCAUUGGAUAAAGCUGUGCUCUGGAAACAGUAAAUCAACCUUUUAACCUAACUUUUUUUAUGUUCAAUACAAUAAACGCUUUUCUUUUAAAUGCUUCGUGAAACAUAGGCAACAUGAUGGAUGUUAUUGA